CGUGCAAACACACACACACACACUCGCUCACCACACGCCACCGUCCUCUGCAUGAAACCACGUGUCCCGUUUCAAAUCGUCGAACGAACGUAAACACUUAUUUUUCAUCUUCAUCACUUUCAUUUUAGUUUUUUGUUUAUGCUGUGUCCGUCGACUUACAAGCGCAGCGUCGAUCAAACCGUUGAGCUCAAUCGGCCGCUGCCUCUGCCGUGAAUAAAGAUGCGCGACUUCAACCGACAACCUUCCGUCACAUUUAAAAUGGUCGUUUUCCUCAUUUCCAUCACGCUGACGGAAAGCACAUGCUACGUGUUCGGACAUUACUCGUGCAAUGAUACGUGGUCACUGAUGCACAACGUUGAGCGGAAACUCAACCCCUGCAGUGCCCAUGACCAGGUCAGCGACAUCCCCCGCUAUUACCUGAAGGAGAACUACGCGUCAGUGCCCAUCGACGCGUUGAUCCAAUGGCACAGCAAAUUGGUGAACGAGUGCAAAAGGUUCGCCGACCUUCAUCUCAUGAUCUUCUCACUGAAUAAGUCUCAUGACCACAUGAGCCACCUCAUGGAUUUCAAGGAUUUCAAAUUCGAACACUACAUAGAGAACUUCACAUCGCUACACGGAUUAACCGAGAACUUGAUCCCAGAAAAAAUGGAUGCAAGAAAUCAAUCAACAAUGGAAUUCUUCAGGGAGUUACUCAGGCUCAUGAAAGAGGCCACAAAUUUCACCAACAGCGAGGCCUGCUAUGGAAACUGGUCAACAAUUUGCCACAUUGUGCCUCGCCUGAAGGAGAGGGACACCGUGAAUGAGGAACCCGACGCCAGAGGGAAUGAAGCAUCAUCUUCAGAAAGCAAAUCCUCGGUGGGAAUUCACGCCCAGACGGGGACACUGGUCGCCAGCCUCUUGUUCAAUGUCUUGCUGAUCGGCAUCGUCUCCAAACUGUGGUGCACUCUAAGGACGUCUCGCGCUGCGCUGAGCCAAUCCGUCAACGCAAGCGAGGGAAGACAGAAUGAUCAAAGAACCAAAUUGACCAUCGGAGGAGACCGAACGGUUUAUCACCAAACACAUGACAAAUGCGAGUUUCUACUCGAACCACCACUCACUGAGCAGUGUUGAACCACUGCCAGCGCUCCACUGAGGAGGGCAAGCAACUCGGCUUCAGCGGUUCAUAAUAAAGGUAAAGGCUCAGCCCUGCAAUUGCUCGCUUACGCCACUUGCUGGAGGAAAGGGGCCUUUCGCCAGAGGGCUUUCUUUGAGUUCCCCCCUCUUUCUGGACGGUAUUUUUUUGGCCUGCUCUUCCACACUGGCCAGGCGUCUCUGGAAGAGGUGGUGGUGGUGGUGGUACCCACGUUGGAGUGCACCGUACACGAUUUGGCCAUCGAAUGACCGUGGCCAACCCGUUCGUAACGCUGGGUGGAUGGCAGAGGUCGCAAACGGGUUUUGAUUCCUUACCCGUACCCGGC